AUGAGCAACGCACCAGCCCGGUCGCUCGUCCCGGGCGCUUCUGAGAUAGUGGAUGUGGACGAUAAUACCCUUGACGUCGGCCGAAGCGGGAGUGAUAGCCUACAUUCCGCAACUGCUUCGUCCGAGAGACGCUCCCCUCCCUCACCUGAUUUCGCGAAAUCGCUGGUCGACGCACACCGCCGGGGGACACCCACACCUCGGCCAGAAGGUGAUAGAGGAGGGAGUGAGAAGAAGAAUAUGGAACGAAUUCCCUCUACUACGACUAUAGGGAGCGACCCUGGUUGCUAUGGCAGACCGCGCACCGUCAAUCGAGACACAAGCAGUUUGCCGGCCGACAGGUCUGAAGAAGAUGAUGUUUGCCACCCUCUCCAGAAUGGGCAGACCAAAGGCAGGCUCUGUAUUGACUUCAACUAUUUGGAAAUCCUUAUGACGUCGGAAAAACGUAGGCAGUCUAGUCCUCGCGUUUUCCCUAGUCUCCUACCUACUUCUAUUACCUCGAAGAGCCUUCUCAGAGUGUCUGGAGAUAGAGAUCAUACCAAUAUACAGGCCGGCCAAUCCCCUCUAAAUGGGGCGGAUGCGGGCAACGGCCUCACCGAUAUAUGUCAGGGCCGGGCGGACGCUAGCCGGUUCAGCUUCUUUUCGACCGCUAGAGACUCCACGAUCUACGCCGCCGAGUUUGGUGACCUUGCCCCCCCAGGCGAGGAUAUUAGGCAACUUUUUAGCUUUCCUAAGGAAGACUCUGACGGAUUCUGGUGGCUUAAUAUGGAAAAUCCUACUGGAGAAGAGGUUCAAGCUAUCUGCAAUGCCUUUGGCAUCCAUCCUCUGACAAUCGAGGAUAUAACCACCCAGGAAAGCCGGGAGAAGUUCGAACUAUUCCCGUCUUAUUAUUUCGCCUGCUUCAGGUCCCCCGGACGGGUGGUUGAAGCUGACGGGAUCGAUUAUACGCCCUUCAACGUGUACGCUGUGGUGUUCCGGGAAGGGACAAUCAGCUUCAGCUUUGUACCCAACACCCAUGCCUCGCACGUCCGGUCGCGUAUGGCGACGCUAAAGGAGCACGUACAACUGAGCAGUGACUGGGUCUGCUACGCGUUGAUAGAUGAUAUUGUAGACUCCUUUGCGCCUGCUAUCGACGAAAUUGAACGCAAAACGGACAUAAUCGAAGACCAGGUAUUCACCGCUCGACUAGAUGACGACCGGGAGUUCAUCCGCAGGACCGACAUGGCGCGGAAGGAUAUCAUAUGCGUCAUGCGCCUGCUCGGCGGCAAAGCGGACGUCCUGCGUUCCUUUAUCAAACGCUGCAAUGAAGACUACGACCUCGCGCCUCGAAUGGACAUGGGACUGUAUCUCGGCGACAUCCAGGACCAUGUUAUUACCAUGACAAAUAAUCUGAUCCACUUCGAGAAGAUUAUUUCACGCUCCCACAGCAACUAUCUGGCCCAACUGUCUAUUGAUAGCCUUAACCAGGGAGAUCGUGCUAAUGAUCUUCUAAAAAGGGUUACCAUCAUCGCUGCCCUCUUCAUGGCUGGAUAUCUGAUUUUUGUUCUUUUCGGAAUGAAUAUAAUACGACGCCUAUUCGACAGCGGUCGAGGUAACAAGAGCCGGAAGAAGAUUAGCACGGUUGUGGGUAAGAGGCGCUGCACGUCGGGCGCCAUGGCGACCAUUCAAGGCAUUGAGAUGGGAACCGCGACGGCAUGGUUGCUUCUUGGGAGUAGACCUUCAGCUCUUGACGGCCUGAAAUAG